AAGGUCAAAUGAUUUCACAGUGAUUGAUUUCACUAUAUGCUCGGUACACAAAGGCACACAUAAUAAAAAAAUGAGUGUCGGUAACUUAAGAGCCUAUCCGGUACAUGCAUGUACACGUCUAUCCCGAAUUUGAGCCUUCGGCACUGCUGAGCUCGUGUCAAUAAUCUCAUGAUGAAAUACAGUAUGUGGAUUCCAUUAAGAACAGGCAAUCUUAUGUUUUAUUGGAUGGCAUUUGUCUUAAGGUGCCAGUGUGGGCACAUAUUUAAUAUAAAAAGAGCAGAUGCCCUGUUCUUCAUAUCACUUGGUAAAACAAAGGACUGUUUCGAUUUCAGCACAUUUUAAGAGAAUCUUUGCAUAAACCUACUAAGGAUGGCUGAUGAAAGUAAUGCUAUGGUAUAUGUAAACAAGGCUCAUUGGAGCCCAUCAUUCGUAGAAGAGCUUCUCCCUGCUGCACAGAAGACGGCACUGCUGUAUCAGCUCUCUUAUCUGUGCCUGGCCAACUUUCCAACCCUUGAAAGGAUCAUCAGGGCUCGGGCUGUGGAAACUCAGCUUCUGUUUGGCUCCUCUGAUGCAACCAUGCUUAAGUGCAUUUUGACCAGUGAAAACCUGGUUCAGUCGCUGUUUCCCAUGCUGGGGAAAGCUGUGGCACAAAAUAAGCCGAUUUUGGCCAUCAAAUACCUAGCAAAAGCACAAGUAUGGAUAAAGGACAUUAUAAACGAUGUGGACAAGAUUGUGCAAAGGUAUGAUUUACACAACAAAGAUGUUGCAACGUCCACCAGCGAUGUUAUUAAGGAAAAAAUAGAAACUGAGAAAAAGAUGUCAGAAAAAGACCAGGAGUUGAAGCAGACUGAAGUAGCUCUGAAUCAGCUGAAAGCUGAACUCCAGAAAGCCAGCAAAGAGCUUGCUGAAGCUGAGCAAAAAAUAAAUGCCAAAAGUCAAGAGCUUCAAGAUUUUGCCAGAUCUGUAACCCAAAUCAGUAGAGGCCUCGGCAUCUUUGCUGCACUCGUUCCAUUCGCCGGGCUGGUUGUUAAAAGCAUUUAUGAUGCUAUAAAAGAUCCUGGCAAUGCUGCAAAAAUGAAGCGUCUUGAAGCUGAAUUAAACAACUUAAUCUCUGAUAAGACUGCUCUGAAAAACAAGGAGUGGGAGCUCCAACUCCAGAUCAUUGACUGGCAGAUGAAGGUCUCCAGAGCCAGUUUUGAACGAAGUUCAAUACCCGACCCAAUCCAUCUGAGUGACGUUCAGAGUAGCUUGUCCAAAAUUCAGGCAGUUCUCAUUCAGCUGAAAAACUUCUGGGAGAGUGUUGCUCAAAUGCUGGACUACCUGGAACAAAAGACCUUUGUUGGAGAAGAUCUUAUCGAUGACCUUUCUGAACUGAAAGAUGAAUUUCUAGACUCCAUCAAAGCAGCUGAAGGGGCUUGGUGCUCCUUUGGUAAAGGCUGUAAAAAAGCAUCUGCCAUCUUUAAGCUCAACACCAGAGAUGCCUACAAGUUUCUGGAGGUCAGUCCUUCCUCUCUCUCCAAAGAGGAAUGGGAUAAAGAAUAUAACAGCGUAAAGAAACAACUGGAGGCCUUAGGCCCACCAAAACUUGAGACGAACUGCCAUGGAAAAUGAUAGAGAUCAACUUGGAUGAUGAUGACGAUGUAUA